AUUUUAAAGGCGUGGCGAGUGACGUCAUCCGGAGCGCCGGAAUCUCAGCGUCGUGCUGAUAGGCAGUGCACGAGACGGUUUAGGAAUUAUCUCGAAUGUUUGCAAGUGAAUGAGGAUUAUCAACGAUUUUAGAAAACCGAAAUCCCAUCACUGAAAGACCGAGGAGAGAUAGAAAAAGCUGCUGUUCAGAUUACAUCUAGAUGGAUAUAAAAAAGGAGACGUAUGAGGCUGCCAUAAAUACCAGAGAAACAAUGGCUGUAAACAUUAAGAAGGAGGAGUGUGAGUGGGAGUCCAUCCACCCUCAACAGGAGAGUCUCUGCAUUAAGGAGGAGGAGGAGGAUUGUGAGACAGGGUUAGUGAGCAUUAAAGAAGAGGCUGAAGAGACAUCUGUUAGCAUUGAGACAAACAUUUGUAAAAGUGUGCAGAAUGUCAAGGAAGAGGACCAUCAGUGUGGGGAUGAAGAUGGAGCAGUGACCGGGUUAGUCUCCUCUCCCAGCAGACACUGUGCAUCAUCAGAGCCUUCUGUCCUUGAGAAGUCUGAAUCUUCACAACCUGACACAAAGAGGACCGAAGACCCUUCAUCUGUUAGGAUUGAGGAAGAUGAACCGGCAUCUACAAAUAAGGCAGAAAAGAGAGACAAACCUCACUGUUGUUCUGCAUGUGGCAAACAAUUCUGUCACAGGAGUGAUCUAAAGAGACACUUCAGAAUUCACACUGAAGAAUGUGGCCUUCUUCAGACCCACAAAAGAAUCCACGCUGGAGAGAAGCCGUACUGCUAUACAGAGUGUGGCAAAGAAUUCUGUGACAGGACUCAUCUACUGAGCCACAAAAAAAAUCACACUGGAGAGAAGCCAUAUUGCUGUUCAGAAUGUGGCAGGUGUUUUUCACAAAAGAGCCUCCUCACAAGACACCAUACAGUCCACGUAGGAGAGAAGCCUUAUUGCUGUUUAGAAUGUGGCAAACAAUUUUGUGAUAAGCGUAGUUCUGAGAUCCAUGCUAGAAACCACACUAGACCGAAGCCUUUUUGCUGUUUGGAAUGCGGCAGACAAUUCUCCUACAAGAGUAAUCUUCAGACCCACAAAAAUGUUCACACAGGAGAGAAGCAGUAUUGCUGUACAGAGUGUGGCAAACAAUUCCGUUGCAGGAGUAGUCUUCUAUGCCACAAAAGAAUUCACACUGAAGAGAAGCCAUAUUGCUGUUUGGAAUGUGGCAAACAAUUCCGUCAUAAGAGUGCUUUUGACAUCCACACUAGAAUGCACACUGGUGAAAAGCCAUAUCGCUGUACAGAGUGUGGCAAACAGUUCAGUGACCGGUGUCAUCUUCACACCCACCAAAGAAUCCACACUGGAGAGAUGCCGUUUUGCUGUACAGAGUGUGGCAAACAGUUCCGUUGGAGGAGUAGUCUUGUGAACCACAAAAGAAUUCACACUGGGGAGAAGCCAUACUACUGUUCAGAAUGUGGCAAACUAUUCCGUCAAAAAAGUAGUUUUGAGGUCCACAAAAGAAUGCACACUAGAAAGAAGCCAUAAUCACUGUUUGGAAUAGUGUGAAUGAUUCUGUUAGAGGAGGAAUCUUUAGUUCUACACUUGAUUUCACACUGGAGUGAAGCCAUAUUGCUUUUUGAAAUGUUGCAAAUAACUUUGUUACUGUUGUAAUCUCCAAAGCUAACAAAAGAAUUUUCUGUUGGAGUGACCUUGAAAACACACCAAGGAAAUAGAAUGGCCUGAGAUACCACGCUUAGAUCAGCUGUUGACUAAAAGACCACUGGUCCAGAUGCCAUAGAAGACUUCUGUCUUAAACAAAGUACAGCACUGCAGCAGGAUAUGGCUGAGUGUAUAAAUGUGUUACAAUCAAUGCAGCACUCGUAGAUGACACCAAAGUGGCUCACUACAGGAACAACUCUGAUUAUUAAAAUCAGAUCAGAGAAAAGAACCCAAAACACAUCAUCUCAUAAACGUGCCUCUCUGACAUGUAUAAACUCUUCACAGCAGUCUUUGUUAAACUAUGGGUCACAACCCAAAUUGGGGAAUGGACACGGCUGUGGUAGUUUGCCACAUGACUGUAGUAAAGUCAGCCAAGUUACUCCAAACACGAUGAUAUACAACCAUGUGUUUAGUGAGCAAAAAAACGCUUUUAACUCGUCACAGAGAGCGUUCAUGUCUAUGGCACGAAAAUGUAAAAAAAUAUUCCCCACAACACCACCUUCCCCAUCACAACCAUUGAAACAAUCAAACUGAGAUGACCGUCAAAUCAAAGACACGUUUAAGAAAAGGGGGCGAGAGGCCGGAAUGACAGAGGAGAUUAGUGCUGCACUUCCCUUCACUGCACAGUUAGGAAUUUCAAAGAAAUGAAGUGAGGUGGUACAAGAGUGUGAUGAUUUUCAACAAAGGGCGAGUGAAUAGGAUCAGGGUACGAGUGUUGUGUACUAAAAUCCGUUGCAAUGGCCAUGGUUGUUAGAUCAUCGUGUGCUCGCCAUUCAAAAUCUGUAGCAGAGGUGCAAGGAAGAGUCUGCUUUAAGUUUGAUGUGCCUCGGGGAUGCAGAUUAGAACACCAUUUUGGUGCUUGGAUUAAUUUCCAUAUAUUUCCAUAUAAAUCUCAAUCUCUUAGUACCGGAAAGACAUUCCGGGGACAUUCAGCACGAUGUCAGUGUGCAGCAUUAAACAUUUAAAAAUGGGCUGUUCACCCAAUUGUUCAUUAAGGUCUCUCCUAUCCCCCUCGUAAAACACUGAAGGUGCAUACAUUUUUUAGGAAUAAUUUAGCUACUUUUUUAAUGAAUUGUAAAUGAAAAUUGGGAUAUGCUGAACAGUUACCAAACUCAUUUAAAAAUAAUGCAUGUAUUGUUAAUGGCGUCACUGUUAUUUGAUAAAUGUUAUUUAGGACAAACUGGAUUAAUCAAUUGGUUUUUUUAUAAUUUUAUUCCUUAUCCUGCCCCACUAAGCAAGGAACAAAUUUAAGUGAGCAUUCAUACUGACCCCUCAAAAAUCAUCAGAUCUUCACCCCAAGAGCUUCUUACUCUCAGCUUUACUAAAUGCAUUGUGAACCAAAAAGAAGUACCACAUUUCAAACGUUUAUUCUACAACAAUGCUACAAGAUAAAAUACAUUUCAUUACGACACAUG